CACAAAAAAUGAUGACGUAUUUGUCCUUUUCACGGCGGCCAUCGAAUACCUCGUGGGUUAAACGAGCAUGAUAAUGAAUCCAGAGAAACUUAAACAGCUCCAAGAGCAAGUUCGCAUUGGAGGAAAGGGCACAGCUCGCAGGAAGAAGAAGGUUGUGCACCGAACCGCCACCACAGAUGACAAGAAACUCCAGAGCUCCUUGAAAAAACUUUCCGUCAAUAAUAUUCCUGGGAUUGAGGAAGUAAAUAUGAUAAAAGAUGACGGACAGGUAAUACACUUCAACAACCCUAAGGUUCAAGCAUCACUCGCGGCCAACACUUUUGCUGUCAGUGGACAUGCAGAAAAUAAACAGAUUUCCGAGAUGUUACCUGGUAUUUUGAACCAGCUUGGAUCAGAGAGUUUAAGUAGUCUUAAGAAACUGGCAUCAACAGUUGCUGGGGGAAGUGGAGACAAUACCAAGCCAAACACAGAAGAGGUAGAUGAUGACGAUGUUCCUGAUCUGGUUGAAAACUUUGACGAAGCUUCAAAAGGGGAAGGAGACUAGACUAACAGCAAUUUGAACGUUCUUCGUUUCAUUUUCACAUUUAUAUGUUCUCUAUGUGUUUGCUACAACAGAUUGUGUGUAUUUGAAUGACCCCCAAAUAAUGUACAAAAACGUUUCCCCCCAAAAUACAGCUUGAUACGACGCCAAGCAAGUAGGUCCAAUGUUGACCAAUGCAAAAUUAAUGGUUUUCUGAUGUUCCAGAUAGCAUUUGAUUUCAUCGGUUUAUAUUGGAUCUAACUGAUAGGCACUUAUAUAUUUAUUAAUUAUGUGCGAACAAAACUUACAAGGAAUAUAUGUAAUAUGUGUUUUUAAAUCAUGUAGUACUUUGAAAAAAUACCAUACCGUUGCAAACAUGAUGUAAAGAUGCGUUUCUUAAAGCUAUCAUCUCAGUUAGCAUUAGUGCUUCAACAUCAUAAUGUAAUAUUUACUUUCUCAGAUAUUUGAUUGUAGGCGACAUUUUUACUUUUAUUUCCUUGCCUAUGUUCAUUUAUCUAAAAAAAUAAAAAAAGCUUUUUUGGUA